UAAUAAUAAUACAAAUGACAUGACCCAACAUUUUCGGCCCAUCUGAAUCCAGAAAACCCUAAACUAAACGAGGUAUAUAAAAUCAACCCCCUCGCAACCCUAAACUUUAGAAACCUCUCAGCCUCACUCAUACGGAAUUCAUCUUCAACCUCGUUCCAGGUAAGCCAUGGUGAGGCAUAACAACGUGAUCCCUAACGGGCAUUUUAAGAAGCACUGGCAAAACUAUGUAAGGACAUGGUUUAACCAGCCUGCGCGCAAGACAAGGAGACGUCUUGCCAGGCAAAAGAAGGCUGUGAAGAUCUUCCCAAGGCCUACAGCAGGACCUCUUCGCCCAGUUGUUCAUUGUCAAACUUUGAAGUACAACAUGAAAGUCAGGGCUGGAAAAGGAUUCUCUCUAGAAGAGCUGGCGGCCGCUGGUAUUCCAAAGAAGCUGGCUCCAACAAUUGGCAUUGCAGUUGACCACCGACGCAGAAACAGUUCUCUCGAAGGUCUUCAAACUAAUGUGCAGAGGCUGAAGACCUACAAGGCUAAGCUUGUUGUCUUCCCAAGGCAUGCAAGGAAGUUUAAGGCUGGCGACUCUACUCCAGAGGAACUUGCUAAUGCUACCCAGGUCCAAGGUGAGUUCCUGCCUAUCAAGAGCGAGAAGGCUCCUGUGGAGGUUAUCAAGGUUACCGAAGAUAUGAAGUCAUUUAACGCAUACUCUAAGCUUCGUCUUGAGAGGACAAACAAACGCCACCAGGGUAUUAGACUGAAGAGGGCCGCCGAGGCUGAGAAGGAAGACAAGAAGUAAGGAGUCUAUAGACUUGGAUUAUUAGGAAACCUGAUGUUGUUCUUGUCCAAAUUUUGGCUCCAAUUUUGUGCUUUAUGAGACUUUAGUAGUUUUACUUUGUUUGUGUAGACAUAUUGUUUUUGGAUGAAACUUCAAUUGUGGGUUUGUAUCAAUCCCAUGCUAUGAAUUACAGACUUGUUUACAA